AUGGUCGGAAAUGAUUCAAGUGCGUGGUCGCAAGAUGAAACAAUUAGAAUACUGAUCGCUUCCGAUAUCCAUUUAGGUUACUUAGAGGAGCAUCCUGUUCGAGGUGAGGAUAGCUUUAUUGCUUUUGAAGAAACAUUAUCAUUGGCUGUUCAGUAUGAUGUUGAUCUGGUGCUACUCGGCGGAGACUUAUUCCAUCAUGCAAAGCCCUCACUUAAUUGUAUUUAUAAGUGCACUGAGAUCGUUCGUAAGUAUUGUUUUGGCGAUAAGCCGGUAAGCAUCGAGUUACUGUCAGACCAGACUGUUAACUUUUCUCGAAGCGUUAAUUAUGAAGAUCCAAACUUGAAUGUGUCAUAUCCGAUACUAUCUAUACAUGGUAAUCACGACGAUCCUGUGGGCCGUGAAGGUAUAAGCAGUCUUGAUAUACUCUCUACAGGCGGUUUAGUGAACUAUUUCGGCAAAUGGACCGACUAUACACACGUACGUAUCUCGCCAGUGCUCUUACAAAAGGGUGCCACCAAACUUGCCUUGUAUGGUUUGAGCCAUCUGAAAGACCAACGCUUGUCACGUCUUUUUCAAGAGAAAAAAGUAGAAAUGCUACGUGAUGAGGAACAUGACUGGUUUAAUAUACUGGUACUGCAUCAGAACAGAGCCGAAGAUAGAGGAGCUGGUAAUUUUAUUAAGGAAGAUGAAUUACCAAAAUUUUUAGAUCUAGUAGUGUGGGGUCAUGAACAUGAUUGUGAAUUGUUUGAUAUGAAAGGUAGCAGUGAAAAGAAUCAUUUCAAUGUCAUCCAGCCUGGCAGCACUGUGGCCACCUCACUGGCUGCAGGAGAAGCUAGACCUAAACAUUGUGCAAUGCUUCAAAUCCAUAAAACUGAUUUCAUUCUAACUGCUGUACCUUUAAAAACUGUCAGACCAUUUAUUUUCAAAACUGUGGUGUUGUCCGAACAUAAUCUUGGAGAUGAAGAUGUCAAUGAAAGUGAAAAGGUUCAAGAAUUUCUUAAAGAAAAGGUUAAUGAGGCCAUUGUUGAAGCGAAAAAUCUUUUAUCUGGUGAUCCUAGGCAACCAACCAUGCCAUUGAUAAGAAUUAGUGUGUUUUAUGAACGAGAAGAUCAGAUAUUUAAUAGAGCAAGAUUUGGACAAAAUUUCAAUGGCAUAGUGGCAAAUUCAAAUGACAUUCUUUUAUUGAAGCGAGAAAGAAAAAUACGUGAAAGACGACAAGGACAAGGCGACGAGAUCAAUGUAGCAGACUAUGUUGCUGACUCCACCGAUGUUGAGACAUUGCUACAGUCCUACUACGAAGCCAUGCCGCCAGAACGGCGCCUCGCUGCUUUGCCUGUACAAUUAAUGACAGAGGCAGUGCGUGAUUACACUCUCAAGCAAAACGAGGAUAUCUUACGACAUGUGCUGGAGGCACACAGGCGGCGUUGUAUUACUACUCUGCUAGAAUCAAACACAGAUACCGAAAUUGAAGCGAUUUCCGACCGUCUUCGAGUACUCAGAGACGAAAUCGAUUCUGCCGACAUUACACAGCUAGCUGCGCUAAAAGCACCACCUGUGUCGGAACAAAUUGUAGUUGAAGGAUCCAGUGAUGAAGAGUUACAAGGGGAAAUGGAGGUUACUGCGCGGGGAAGAGGACGAGGAUCACGCGGAGGCCGGGGCUCGCGCGCCCGCGGCUCGCGCACUCGGGGCCGCGGCCGGGACGAGGUGGCAGCGCCCACCUCGCCGGUCGCUACUGUUACCGAGCGCCGAAGUACGCCGCGUCGCUCGGCAGCACAGAGAUCUGCUACAUGGAUUCAUAACUUAGCUUCAAAGGCUCGUCGUAGAGACUCGUCAGACAUUGAUGAUUCUGAAUGA